GCGCGUCAGCCCGGCUCGGCGGUGGCGCGGGCGGCGGGGACGCAGCGGCCCCCGCUCUGCGCCCGCCGCACCCCCCGCGGUCACCGCCGUCUGGGCCGCGGGGCCGCGGCUUCCUGGUCUGGCGGCUGCAGGCGGGGGCGCGUCGGGAUCAAUCUUCUGAAGUUUAACUUCUCAAGAUGAAGUUUUUAUUGGCGAUUUCCUUUUUAAUUUUAAUUUCUCUGUGGGUUGAAGAAGCGUAUUGCAAGGAGAAGUCUUCAAAGAAAGGGAAAGGGAAAAAGAAGCAAUAUCUUUGCCCAUCACAGCAGUCAGCAGAAGACCUUGCCCGUGUACCUGCCAAUUCAACUAGCAAUAUCUUGAAUAGACUGUUGGUCAGUUAUGACCCCAGGAUAAGGCCAAACUUCAAAGGUAUUCCUGUUGAUGUAGUAGUCAACAUUUUUAUCAACAGUUUUGGAUCCAUUCAAGAGACAACAAUGGAUUACAGAGUUAACAUCUUCCUGAGACAAAAAUGGAAUGACCCCAGGCUGAAGCUCCCCAGUGAUUUUCGGGGCUCAGAUGCACUGACUGUAGAUCCCACAAUGUACAAGUGUCUGUGGAAGCCUGAUUUAUUUUUUGCAAAUGAAAAAAGUGCCAAUUUUCAUGAUGUGACCCAGGAAAAUAUCCUCCUCUUCAUUUUCCGGGAUGGAGAUGUCCUUGUCAGCAUGAGGUUGUCUAUUACUCUGUCAUGCCCAUUAGAUUUGACCUUGUUUCCCAUGGAUACACAGCGUUGCAAGAUGCAGCUGGAAAGCUUUGGCUACACAACUGAUGAUUUAAGAUUUAUCUGGCAGUCAGGGGAUCCUGUUCAGUUGGAAAAAAUUGCCUUGCCUCAAUUUGAUAUUAAAAAGGAAGAUAUUGAAUAUGGUAACUGUACAAAAUACUACAAAGGCACUGGCUACUAUACAUGCGUGGAGGUCAUCUUCACCCUAAGAAGACAGGUUGGUUUUUACAUGAUGGGUGUGUAUGCCCCAACCCUGCUCAUUGUGGUUCUCUCCUGGCUUUCCUUCUGGAUCAACCCAGAUGCCAGUGCUGCCAGAGUGCCCCUGGGUAUUUUCUCCGUGCUCAGCUUGGCCUCAGAAUGCACAACCCUCGCUGCCGAGCUGCCCAAAGUGUCCUAUGUGAAGGCCCUUGAUGUCUGGCUCAUUGCCUGUCUUCUCUUUGGCUUUGCUUCACUGGUGGAAUAUGCUGUGGUCCAGGUGAUGUUAAACAACCCCAAACGAGUUGAAGCAGAAAAAGCCCGAAUUGCUAAGGCCGAGCAGGCAGAUGGCAAAGGUGGCAAUGCGGCUAAGAAGAAUACUGUGAACGGUACGGGGACUCCCGUCCACAUUAGUACUUUGCAGGUUGGAGAGACCAGAUGCAAAAAGGUGUGUACUUCCAAGUCUGAUCUGAGAUCAAAUGACUUCAGCAUUGUUGGGAGCUUACCAAGAGAUUUUGAAUUGUCCAAUUAUGAUUGCUACGGAAAGCCUAUCGAAGUCAACAAUGGACUUGGGAAAUCUCAGGCUAAGAACACCAAGAAACCUCCCCCUGCCAAACCUGUUAUCCCAACAGCAGCCAAGCGUAUCGAUCUUUAUGCGAGAGCACUGUUUCCUUUUUGCUUCCUGUUCUUCAAUGUUAUAUACUGGUCUAUAUAUUUAUGAUACAUCCUCUCCAUUCGUACAAAAUGAAAUCCCAUCUCGUUGUGACCAGUUGAAUUCAUACAUGCCAAUCUGUGAAAUUCUUUGCAUUUUCAUAAUGGUCUGUUGCAUCUGGGAUGCCGUUUGAUUGUAACAAAAAUGUUGCACCUUAAUUCGGAAUGGCGGCAUGAUCCUUGUUAUGUCUGUGCUCUUAUACCGAUGUACAUAUGUAUAGCGAACAUGCUGCUUUAGGAAGAAAUGAAAUAUACGCUUACUACAUAAUAUGAAUCCAAGCACUUCUUUCCAGUUAGUAUAAAUUGCAAAUACUUCAAAUAAUAAAAUGAUGUGCACGCUGAAUUAAUUCUGUUGUGACCAGCAUUCUAAUAUAUGUAGUACUUCCAGUUUCCUUCCCUGUAAUAUUCAGAGAAUGCCAUUUGAUUCCUGUAUACUUUUAGAAGGUGUUAUCACAACCUACAAAAAAUUGUAUUACAUGUUGUUUUAACUUCGUGAGUAGAAAUAUAUCUGUUAUAAAUACAUGGGCUCUGUGGAGAAAUAAAGAUAAAAAAAUUACUAGUUUGUAAAAUCAGGCUCAUUUUGAAGUCUGCUUAUGUGAUCAAAAUAUUAGAUAACAAAAACACAGUGAGCAUUUUUAAAACAGUAGAAAUCUGAUUUACAUAAAUUCAUACUGAAUCCUAACAUCUGAUAAAAACAUAGCUAUAUUAACUAAAUAUUUCUGAUAAAAGAAACUCUAUUUAGUCCAUCUUAAAAUCUUAAAUAUAUUUUCAUGGAUUUCAUUUUGUUGAUAGAAUAUACAAGAUCAUUGUGCCUUAAAAAGAGUCAUAAAUAAGUAAAGUUAGAAUAUAUUAAUUAAUAUAUUAUUUUCAUCAUUUUCUAAGAGACCAAGAGGAAUAUGCCCUGGUGUGAGGAAAAGCAGAUUGAAAAAAAUCAUAAUCAUUAAAGAAUUUUUACUUUUUUAUUAAAAUACAUAUUUUAAGUACAGUGGAUUUUUAUCUGCUUUUUAUUUUUUAAUUUAAGUAUUUAUUGAAUUCAUUACAAAAUAUUUAAAGACUAGUCAUAUUUAUGUACUAGUACUCACUACUAGUAUUUUUCUUCCUGAAAAUCUAGGCUACUAAUUUAUUUACUUUGAUCUUUCUCUGUCACUUUCUGGUCUAUGAAAAUCUAUUUCUUAGUAGUGAAAUGUACCUUAUUACGUCAGGCAUCAUUGAAAUUAGAUUUGUGAUUCAUACUAACCUAAGUAAAAGGCCAAGUAAGUAUAUAACAUUAUUUGGAGGGUUUAGUUGCGGCUUUUAUGGUCAAUCCAAUAAUGAACAUUUAGAUAGUGUUUAUGACACAAUCAUUAAUGCUGUUUUUUAAAAAUUAUAAGUUUUAGUAUAUUUUCUCUCAUUGCUAAAUUAAAAGAGAGAGAUAUGUGAUCUAUUUACUGUAAUCUCCCAGUCCUUUUUAGUUGCAAAAGAUCAGACAUUUGAAUUGGUAUUAAAUGCUCCCUUCCUAGCUCUGUUGGUGGACUUUAAUAUCCUGCUAGGAUUCAAGGCAAUGGCAUUUUAAUGAACUAUGAUAAAAAAGUAUAUGGAUAAAUCAUGAUAAUUUUAUUUAUAAUAAUUGUGUUUGCUUUUGAUCUGUCUUUUUCUUGCAAGUUUCGUUCUUAGUAGGGAGUUUGAUUUAAAUGCAGAGUUUUAAGUAUAAAAUGCACUUGACAGAAGACAGUUCUCAUUAGAUAAUUUGUUGAAAUUGAUGUGAAUGAAUUCUUUUCUGUAAUAUAAUAUUAUAGCAUUUUUAUUUUAAUACCCAAACAGACAUAAAUAACUAUCUCAGUACUCAGUAUGUAUAUAUAUAAUGACAAUUGGAAAAUUAGACAGUUGUUAUAACAAGUACAACUAUUGUCUACUAAUAAUUGCUUUAUGACUGCUAUCAUAAGGAUCUAGUUACUUAAUGCCAACAUGGUUAUUAUCAUGUACAUUAAAUAGUAUGCAUUUCUCUUUAGGAGAUUUGCAGUAUAUCUACCUGAAUAUCUCAAAUUCAGUGUCUUCAAAAUAAAAAUGAUCUUCUCCUCACA